GUCGUCUUCGAGAGAGGCCCCUCGCCCACUGUAUCAUGACUCGGGAUGUGGCCUCGACACGCGGACAGGGGGAUGGGCAAGCUGGUUGACGCAAAGAUUCCUGCCGAGGCCUGCAGCAAAUUUCUUCCCCUUCAUCUCUUCACCCCUUGCGUCUCGAUUCUUUCCACCACACCGCGCACCUCCCACCCCCGGCCCAGAGAGAGAGAGAGAGAGAGGGGGAUCUGCCUGGGGCCAAAAGAUAAGGACAAGCCCCGGAAGCCCUGCUAGGCUUGCUUAAACCUCCGAACCUUCUUUUGACACCCAACUAGGGGCCAAGUAAAAAAAAGAUCAAAAAAAAAAGACCACCCCAGGGAAGCGCCAACGGUCUGAUCUGCCGUGCCUUACGUACCUUGGCCGGGGGUGUCAUUUGCUUUUAUGGGUCGGUGGCCGUAUGUAAAAACUAUGAGCCCUUGCUUGUUACCGCCUUCCGCAGCUUAGCGCGCCUCGGUGACUGCCUCCCCGCCGUCGGCCACCAACCCCAGCCGCCCGAGCGAGGCCCAGACGCGCCCAUGGAGGAGAUGAGCGACCUUGGGCAUAGCGCCGGCUCGGCCUCCCCGCCUCCAGUCCCUUUGCCCGACGACCAGGACGACCACCAGAGCCCACCGCCAGGGCCAAAGCGCGCCAAAAAGCGGAUACGCAAGCCUAGGGGCCGGGGGCUGAGGACGAAGACGGGGUGUCUCACAUGCCGAAAGCGACACAAGAAAUGCGACGAGCAGUUCCCAGUGUGCAGUCAUUGUGUAACGUCGAACCGCGAGUGUGUAUGGCCGGAGCCCGGCCUCCCUGAAAUACCGUCGGGGAACUCGUCUGUGGCCCAGUCGCCAUCGGGCUCGGCCGAGCUGCGGUCGCUGCCGGCCGGGAUCCCACCCACCAGCCACUCGGCCGCUGUCGUCGUGGCCCAGUCGCAGCAGCAACAGCAUCAACGCCAGUUCGACCAGCCUUCCCUGACGUCCACAGCAAGCAACUCUCCACAAAGGUCCUCCCCAGCCGCGGCCCUCUCGCCCGAUGCUGUCAGUGUUGAGGCCAAGGCCGAGGCGCGGGCCGCUCGUCCCACAUGCCCGCCUUUAGGGCCGGUUGCCCCGACUUUGGACUAUCAUUUCCCCAACGGACCGACUGCUUAUUCCCACAACAUCGUGGACCCGGCUCUGGCCGCCCUCUUCCCGGGCACUCGGCCGAAACCAACCAUCACUGACCUUGUUCAGUCCAGUCAUGGGCAUCAACCGGCAUCACCGGAAACUAUGUCGUCAGCAGACGGGAUCAGCGUAGGGACCGCCGGCUCCAAGUGGCUCGACCUUCUCGCUGGCGACGCAGCGGCGCAAGCAGCUGGUGGCUUCAACCUUGGCGCUUGCAAGGCGCUUCAGACGGGCUCCCGUAGUCGCGCACCCACGUCUCCCGCUUCCGAGUUUUGGCGAGGAACACCCAGGGACGACGGCCUUAGGAUAUCCAAUAGCCGGACAGGCGUCAUGGGAAGGCUCGACUGGAGUAUUCCCGAGCGGUAUCCAUGGCAGGAGGAUGCAAAUAUUGAGCUUAAUCCCCUCGAAACCUUGCUGUUUCGAGCUUUCGCAGAGAGGUCUGCGCUCUGGAUGGAUCUAUUUGACCCCUACAAGCACUUCUCCACGUGCUCGAUACGGCUUGCUUUGCGGAAUUUCGGCCUGAUUAAGGCCAUACUCGCGCUCCAGGCGCGCCACGCGUCCGUGGCCUCGGAUCUGAAGGUACAGCCAAAACCGGGCAGUGUGCCGGAGGUGGACCCGACCGUUGCUGUGCAAUAUUACCACGAGGCCUUGUGUUAUGUAUCAAGAGCGUUGCAGUACCAGUCGUAUGCGCGCAGCGAGGAGAUACUGUGCACGGCAAUGGUGAUCAGCACCUACGAGAUGCUGGAUGCGCACAUGGGCCAUGGAAUCGGCCGCCUAUCACCCGGGCAGCGCCGCUCUGUGCUUUCCAACUGGCAACGGCAUCUGAAGGGCAUCUUCUGGAUCCAGAGGUCCCAGGGUGUAAACGGGGCAUCGGGAGGGCUCAGGCAGGCGGUCUGGUGGGCGUGGCUCCGGCAGGAUCUCUGGGCAGCCUUCCGUGAGCAUAGGCGAUGUCUCAGCUUCUGGAGGCCCGUGAUCGACUACUCGGACCUCACCCAAUGCGAGCUGGCCGACCGCUCCAUCUAUCUCCUCAGCCAAGCCGUCAACUACUGCGCCGACGACCCCGAGAUCGGAUCAUGGAUCGAUGCAGGGGCGACGAGCGCGCUGGCUGACGAGAGCGACGAGGCGGUGCGACGCCGCUGCGACAGAGGCGCUGAGCUGAUGGAAAUGCUGGAGCGAUGGAAAUCGUUCAUCGGCGACGGGUUUCAGCCGUUGCCAACGGGUGCUCGGCCGCUUGGAGCGGGCGUCGGGGUGGCUGCCGCCAAGGUGUGGAAGCCUGUCUGGAUACACCCGCCCGACUUUGGUGUUGCUCUCCAGGCGUACCACUUUGCGCGGAUUUUAGUGUGCCUGCACUGGCCUGCCGUUGGCGGCGGUCGGUAUGAUGAUACCAAGACACAGGGAAUCCUGGCCGAGGCCGUGGAGGCCAUCUGCGGGAUUGCCAUGGAGAUGACAGACCAUGGCUGCCAGCUCAUGUCGGCGCGGUGUCUCUUUGGCGCAGGUCUCUGUGUGCAGACAGCAGCUCAGCAGGAGGGCAUUCUGGAGCUGAUGGAAGCGUGUGAGGCCAGGUCGGGAUGGCCCCUGGAUGCCAUGAGGGACGAUUUGCGUGCUGAGUGGCGGAAAAGAGACACGGAGAUGCACGAUGUGUAAGCUCUCAAGCUUUAUGGCAUGCAUGCUGCUGUGGCUGCAUUUUUGCUCCAAUCCAAAUGUGUUGGGCGAGGCAGGUGCGGCUGGGAAACCCCUCCGAGACACAGAGAGCCAGCAAGAUAAAAAGGAGGGUGAAAGGAAUAUGGAUGAAUGAAUAAAAGGUCAAAUAAAAAAAGAGAGAAAAACAUAAAAAAGACACAGAAAC